AUGCUCCGCAGCAAGCACGUCCUCAACGCCCAGGUCGCCAUCCGCGCGCCUUGCUGCCGCAAAUGGUUCGACUGUGCAGAGUGCCACCACGAGGCGGCCGACCAUGAUCUGAUGCAGAGCUUCGAGAUGACCUUUGUCUGCAAAAAGUGCAAAAAGGCCUUCCGCAAAGAUUCACGCGAAUUUGAGGAUGCCGACGAAUAUUGCCCGCACUGCGACAACCACUUCGUCCUCGAUGCCUUGACCCCUCAGGCGAAACUCCAGGUUGAGGGCGAGGAUGUGCGGAAGGAUGCGAGAAUGCUCAAGGAUGACCGUGUUCGUGUCGAGGAAGAUCGCUCGAUAUUCAACGUGAAGGACGCCUCCGACAGGCUGGGUUAA